GCACUGCGAGCGGAGCGGAGCGGAGCGCGUCGGGAGCCGCCGCCUUAAAGGGGCCGCGCCGCCACCUCGCCCCGGGAGCCCGAGCCAUGAGCCAGAGCCAGCGCCGCAGCGGCCCGCGGGCGGACAUGGCCCCCGAGAUCGCCGCCGCCGUGGGCUUCGUCUCCAGCCUGCUGCGGACGCGGGGCUGCGUCAGCGAGCAGCAGCUGCAGGUGUUCAGCGGGGCGCUGCGGGAGGCGCUCGCAGAGCACUACAAACAUCACUGGUUCCCCGAGAAACCGUUCAAAGGCUCCGGGUAUCGCUGCAUCCGGAUCAAUCACAAAAUGGACCCCAUUAUCAGCAAGGCAGCUAGCCAGAUCGGACUCAGCCUCCCGCAGCUCUACCAGCUCCUGCCCAGCGAGCUCACGCUCUGGGUGGACCCCUACGAGGUCUCUUACCGCAUCGGCGAGGACGGCUCCAUCUGCGUCUUGUACGAGGCGGCUGCAGCGAAGCCCGUGAGCUCCUAUGGGAUGCUUACCUGCAAGAACCAGAUGAUGCUAGGUCGCACCAGCCCUUCCAAAAACUACAUCAUGACUGUCUCCAGCUAAAUACUCCUCUUGUCCUUACACUGCCGAGACACAGGCUACUGUAUACCUCACCUGAGGAUCUAUUUUUAAGAUGAAGAGCUAUUUAUAUUUUUUAAAAAAAUCCAAGAAAAUCCAAAAUUAAAAUAUCAGGCACUGCUUUGGACAGAAGCAGUGUUUUAGGUGCCUUUUUUAAAGCUGUUGCAAGCUUAUGAGUUUUUAUUAUGAAGCCGAUAUCUACCUAAUUAGUGUUGGAUGUCAAUUUUGGUGGGCUGGCUUGCUCACUUGGCUUGGAAUGGAGGAAGAGGGGGAAGAGCCAGACUGGAAGCCUGGCUUGGUGGUGGGAGAGGGCAGUGUUACCUUCUCCCAGUCCUGGUACCCAACAGUGUUGCUGUACCACCAAGUAUCGCAAUAUUGUUGGAGAAGGGAUGAGGGAGGUGCUCUUUCCUUCACUAACCUCCACUGCAGCUGGUCUGAUCUCUUUGGGGCCUGGAUGUAGCAUUUGGGGGAACUCACCUCAGGGCUCGGUGGUGCUGGGAUCCCUCUCCCUGCUCUUGCACGUCUCCUCUGGAUCUGCUGACGGCAGACGCUGCAGCUCUGCUCUGCCCCGCUCCCGGUGUGAACCGACGGGGCACGUGGCCACCUCCAGCCUCUGCAUCUCCUGUCCACUGCUGGGGUGCAGAGGCCACGGGGUGUCGGUGCCCUGUGAAAUGGGGCAUGGUGGAGAUGCACUGAGGGUUGGGCCGUGCAGAGAAGGUUCCCAAGAUGAGUGUUGCAGCUGCUGGGGUGGUACUGGAGUGCUGCGUCUGCUCCUGGUGCUCCCCAGUACCUGGCUUUUGCCUACUGCUCAUGCUGCACACAGAAGGUUAUUAAAACUAUAAAGUCAGCACUAAACAGCUGUGAGCAACACAGUUCAUCUCUGUGCGCCUUAGAUGGUCCAGACCAUGACCUGUUGUGUGGCCAUCUGUGCUGCGAGAGUGGACUCUGAUCUCUUUUGCUUAUACAAAUUGCCUGAUCUUAUGCUGAUGACCUGCUGCAUUGCUUCCCCAAACGAGCUGUAGCGACUCACCUUGUGCCCUGGAGGUUGGUGCGUGGGAACCCCUUGUGCCCCAUCUCUUGAUCGGAAAUGUUGGGAAUAUCUUCCUGCCGCGCGUGGGCUGUUCUAAGGUUGGGACUCUCGGGUACUAUGGUAUCAUGAUGUUUUUAAAUUCAGACACUUCCCUCUCUUCCUCCCCUGAGUGAUCAGCUGAUGGUGGGAGCUGUGUCCGUUCAUAAAGGGGCAUCGGUUGGUUCUGAUUUCUUGGUACAUAACUGUUUUGCACAAUUAAUGCCUGAUCUUGUGCUUUGCCUGUUCAAGCAAAACUCCUCUCGGAGUCCCGGUGGUACUUGUAUUCAGGGAGACUUUGACUGUUCAGAUUUGGCCCUUAAACUGCUCUGGCAACUACAGAUGGGGUGGGAACGGCGAGCGCUGCCCUGAGACCUUUACCUACCUGUUGGGGAAGGAGCCUUUACCAGGACGCCGUAUGUCCGUUGCCUUUUUAUUCACCAGCUGGCACUCCUCCAGGGAUCCUGGGAGAAGUGAUCUAAAAACCAGGACAUUAAUGUGGUUUGGCCUAAUGCAACUUUCUCGGAUCUGUUUCACAGCACAUGUUUUUACCUUCCUCUUUGACCUGGCAGCUGACUGGCAUAACCAGAGUUGUUCUUUCCCAGCCUUUGACUCAAGUUCUCAAACAUUUGUGCAAUAUAUUUCCAAAUCUUGGACGCUCUGGGAGAGGAAGGAAGCCUCCCAUUUGCCACAGCUCUUAGCCUGUUUAUUUUAAGUACAUUAGAAAAUCCAGCAGAGCUUCCCAGCUCUCUGGUUACUUCUCCUAUGAGAAGCUAGGUUCGGAUUUUUGUAGUUUUAAAUCAUGAAUUGUUGAACUGGAAAACCAGCCUCAAUUGUUUUAUCCUGUAAAGAUGCCAAGGGCUGAGUUAUUUGUGCUUGAACAGUAAUAGCAGACUAGCUCUGAAGUUGCAUCACUUCCUUCUACAUCACUUAAACUUCUCACAUCAGCAGAGCAGAAGCUGAAGUGAAGCACUGGGGCUCUUCCCUUGGUGAACUUGUGCAAUAGGUGACGUCGCAAAGAGAAGGGAAUAUUUGGGAACUCCCAAAAAGUAAAUUACAUCUUCAAAGAGGAGGGUGCCAGGUGCUGUUUGGAGUCCUUGUUUUUCACCUGGUUGUGUGGAAAGCCGGAGAUGAGACGAGCAGUGUGUCCAGGACAGCGUGUGCUUGCCUGGACUGGGAGUUUCCCAAAGGCUGGUACUUCCUUGGGUUGGAAUUUGUCAUGGUCAAUGUGGUUUCUUAAGAUUUACCCUCAUACUGUCUUCCCUCUGUCUCACUGGAAAAGAGUUUGUGGGCAACCAGCCCACAACCAGAGGAAUAUUCUGUGAUUGCUCUUAAUGUACACCCACCCUAUAAGCAAAAAUAGCCAAACCUCAUUCUUUUUGUCCCUGGCGUGGAGGCGUCUGACAUUAGAGGUGUCUUGUUUUUAGCUUCGAAACCAACCACACUUGGGUGUACUUCAUUUCUCUUGUAGCUGGUUACAUGUAAAAGCUGUGAAUUAGUGUGCUCUGUUGCCUUCUGCCUAUAAGCCUGAUAGACUCGAUUGCAGAGCUGAAUGGUGUGUAUUUUAAGAAUGUGUAUUUUGGGGUUUUCCUCACUUUUUUUAAAAAACAAGCCGGACUGUUGAACGGGACCCGCUUUUUGUAUUUGGUGAAAAUGGUAGGAAGCUUGUAAGCUGCGUUUGGAGGAGGGAGUGGAUGGUUACUAAUUGUAUAGCAGUGUUUUUAUAUGCAGAAUGUACAGAUCCUGUGACUAAGGUAUGCUUUUGUUACUUUAAUAAAAAUGUAGCAGUAUAAAUGA